GCAUGCUUUUAUACAUUAAAAUAUAACCAUGAAAGCUUAAUGUCCAUGUGUUAAUUUUAUGUUAUGUUCUUCUUCUUUUUUGCUUCAAAUGGUCGUUAACUCAACCAAACCAACAAACAUAAACUCAAUGAAUUGAACUUCUUCUACAUCAAAAAUAAAAAGGCCUCACCAAAAAUUGCAUUCCCCAACAAGAUAGUCACUACUUCUCUUCUCUCUUUCUCUCUCUCUCUCUUGGACUUGAGAAGAAUUUCAGGUGUGAAAUCUUUUGCAAUUUUAGUUCUCCUUCGUAAGAAAAAGUAUAUUGGUGGCAAAGAUGGGAGAGAUGUCAAAAACUCAAUUGGGGGUUAUUGGUGCACUAUUCCUUUCUGUGGCUUCCUCAGUCUCCAUUGUCAUAUGCAACAAAGCCUUAAUGAGCAAUCUUGGUUUUCCAUUCGCCACAACACUUACAAGUUGGCAUUUGAUGGUUACUUUUUGCACCCUUCAUGUGGCUCUACGUUUCAAUCUGUUUGAGGCCAAACCUGUUGACAUGAAGACUGUCAUGCUUUUUGGUAUUCUAAAUGGUGUCUCCAUUGGAUUUCUCAACUUGAGCCUUGGCUUCAAUUCCAUUGGAUUCUACCAGAUGACAAAACUUGCAAUCAUACCAUUCACAGUUAUGCUAGAAACCCUUUUCCUAAAGAAGCAGUUCAGCCGGAAUAUUAAACUCUCUCUAUUCUUCUUACUUGUUGGAGUUGGCAUUGCUUCUAUCACAGACCUUCAGCUCAAUUUUGUUGGAACCAUUCUUUCACUUCUAGCUAUCAUAACAACAUGUGUUGGCCAAAUUCUUACCAACACAAUACAGAAGAAGCUUAAUGUCACUUCCACACAACUUCUCUACCAGUCUGCUCCAUUCCAAGCAGCAAUUCUUUUUGUUUCAGGCCCUCUUGUCGAUCGGAUGCUAACCAAGCAAAAUGUCUUUGCAUACAAAUAUUCUCCUCUAGUCUUGACUUUCAUCAUCAUGUCAUGUGUGAUAGCUGUUUCUGUGAACUUUAGCACUUUUCUAGUAAUAGGAAAAACAUCUCCAGUAACGUAUCAAGUGUUGGGCCACCUCAAGACUUGUCUUGUUCUAGGAUUUGGCUACACAUUGCUCCAUGAUCCUUUCACUGAAAGGAACAUUAUUGGAAUACUAGUAGCAGUGUUUGGAAUGGGUUUGUAUUCCUAUUUCUGCACUCAGGAAAACAAAAAGAAACUCGUAGUCGAUCCUCCUUUGUCGUCUCAGGUUAAAGAUAAAGAUAUAAAUUCACCACUUUUGAAUGGUAAAAACAUGGAUGAUCAUGAAAAGGAGAGUCAUGAGUCUAAGAAAUCAAGCAAGGACUCUAUUGUUUAAUAGAACAUGUUCUUUGUGUUUUUUUUUUCAAGAUCUUUCAUAAUUUGGGGUUAUUGUAAUGUUCACUCAGGGUACCUUGUUUAGUGUAAAUCAAAUUUUGUUUAUAGAUUCAUUUUUAUGCACUCUUUCAAUGUAAAAGAAGUUGUAUACCCUUGUGCAAUUAUAUUUUGUCAUAUCAUAUGAUUACUUUGACAA